AUGGGUAUCGAUCUCGAUCGCCACCACGUCAAGAACAGCCAUCGCACGGCUCCCAAGAGCGACAAUGUCUAUCUCAAGCUCUUGGUGAAGCUCUACCGCUUCCUUGCCCGUCGCACUGACUCCAACUUCAACAAAGUCGUUCUCAAGCGCCUUUUUCAAUCACGUAUCAACCGCCCUCCCGUCUCUAUUUCUCGCAUCAUCUCCAAAACCCAGACCGAGUCCGCCCAAAAAGCCUACAAGGACAAGACAAUUGCCGUCAUCGGAACCGUUACAGAUGACAACCGCCUCCUCACAGUACCUGAAUUGCACAUUGCUGCUCUACGGUUCACCGCUACCGCCCGUGCCAGGAUCGAGAAGGCUGGUGGUGAGGCUUUGACUUUGGACCAAUUAGCUCUGAGACACCCGACUGGAAGCAACGUUGUUCUAUUGAGAGGACCCAGAAACGCUCGUGAGGCUGUCAAGCACUUCGGCUUCGGACCUCACAAGCACAAGAAGCCCUAUGUGGAGAGCAAGGGGCGCAAGUUCGAGAAAGGCAGAGGUCGAAGACGAAGCAAGGGUUUCAAGGUGUAA